UAGCUUAGUUGGCUGUACUUACUUACCUGUACUUUCUCUCCACUUUCCCAAUUAACGGCGUAAUGACGUCACGCGCGAAAGGACAGCUCGCUUGUAGGGUAUAUAAAGAGGAGGACACCCGAGGGACAGCACAUCCCUCUGCACCCGCCUCGCUCUCAGUCCCAGGAUCAAAAUGAACGCUAAGGUGCUGUUGGUCGCUUUCGUCUGCGUCGCCUUCGGGAACGCCACGCCACUGUACCUUCCAAACGCGCAGGUGCCCGAGACACCGAAAGUUUAUGCCUUCGCGUACGGCAUCCAGGAUGACCUCAGCGGCAGCAACUUCGGCCAUCAGGAGUCCCACGACGGCUUGAGGACGACGGGGCAGUACCGUGUGGCCCUCCCCGACGGCCGCGUCCAGAGGGUCACCUACACGGCCGACGAGAAUGGCUACGUUGCCCAGGUCACUUACGAAGGCGAGGCCAGGUUCCCCGAGCCCCUCACGCCCUCGAAUCAGGGCAGCCCUACGGCGUACAACCUCUACGCUCCGCCCCAAGCCUCUGCGCCCACCACCGCCGCCCCAGCCCCGCCUGCAAGGGACUCCGAGCGGUCGCUGGGCUACCUGCCUCUGCCGCUCUACCAGGCUCCCUCGGCCCCGCAGCAGGAGCCCGCUCGGCUGAGACUCGACUCCGCGCCCCUCGAGAGCCCCGAGGAGUCGCUCGCUCCCUCGAGGACGCUUUCGCUGCCAGCUGCCUUGGCGAGCCCUUGA